UUGCUCGACGCGGCCAUGUUGGAUGUCCGUCUGCCUGGUAACAGGCCACAAGCCAGUAGUAUCGCGAGAGGUGGAGCUGAAAACUCGCCGUGGAUCCCCUCGACGUGCAGCGGCUCCUGUUCGCCGCUAGUGGGUGCUCCCUCCCCGGCGACACACUCCUGCCUCGCCGUGUUUGUCAACAGACAGUGGGCUGUCCCCUCUCGUGUACACUCGUUGAUUUCCGUCAACAAUCGUUAUCUCAACAUGGCGAUGGCCUCUUUAGGAAGCGCUGCGUCCUCGCUGGUGUUAUUUAGCAGACGGGUAUUGCGCCCGGAACUGACUGCUCUCUGUUCGUAUCACACAAAGGUGGUGGACCACUAUGAAAACCCCAGGAAUGUGGGAACUCUGGACAAAAACGCCAAGAAUGUGGGGACCGGAUUGGUGGGCGCACCAGCCUGCGGCGAUGUAAUGAAACUUCAGAUCCAGGUGGAUGAAAAUGGCAAGAUAGUUGAUGCAAAGUUCAAGACGUUUGGCUGCGGAUCAGCCAUCGCAUCCAGCUCUCUUGCCACAGAGUGGGUGAAGGGGAAGUCGGUUGAUGAAGCGCUGAAGAUCAGGAACACAGACAUUGCCAAAGAACUCUGCCUUCCACCAGUCAAGCUUCAUUGUUCCAUGCUUGCAGAAGAUGCCAUAAAAGCAGCGCUGUCAGACUACAGAGUCAAACAGGACAUGGAAAAGAAGUAACGCAUGCACGCCAGCAGUUAGUGACUUCACCGUUACGUCUUGACACCAGCCAUGUAACGUUCCUCUGCAGCGCUGUUGGGAACAUUGUUCAGCAUAAUACUACACAAUACUACACCGGGCCUUGCAACUUCUUCUGGAGUUAUACAUGUAUAUAUAAUCUCUUUUGAAAAUAGCAAAUGCUAAUGAUCUUUCCUACAGAGAACACAAAUGAGAUCAUGAACCACAAACAAUGGACAAGGGGGUGUUUUUAUUUCAUUUUUGGCAUUUACGUAUUUGGCCUGAUAGAAUAAAAACCUUGAAUAUCGGA